AUGCCUGGCAAUGUCAGCUGUGUACUUCGGAAUGGCACUGGCGAUCCCUGCUGUGUCCGUGUGGUCGGAUCAGGUAGCACAGAAGCAUCCGAGGAACAUACCCUGAUCGCCGAUGGCGAGGUUUCUUGCAAUUUGGAUGCUGCCACUCUUUCACACAUUGCAGCCUGGUACACAUCGCAGCCACCUCCAAAUACUCAUAUCUUCCCAGCUGGCGCAAGCUCUGCGGUUGUUGAGCUGACAGCUUCAUUGACAUCAAAUGCUAGCAUUGGCACAGCUGGAGCGGAUGAGAAGCAAAAGCUAACAUUUGUGAACCAGUGCUCCGUGGAUGUUUGGUUCCGCUUGUUUCUCAAUGACGACUACAAGGAUCGGCUUGUCUUCGCCGGUGAGUCCGAAACCUAUGAAUUUGAAGAAGAGCAUGUGACUUCUUUUGGCGCAAAGUUGAAAUACCCGCCGAAGAACGGAGUGUCGGACUAUCGAUGGAAUCCUGCGCAUGAAGCCAAAGUUGUGGGCCAAGUCGUGACCAUCACGUUCCAGCCCACUGUCGCCUUCAACAUGACAGAGUUCAAGAUGGGGCAGACUAAGCUGGUGCAAGAUCUCUUCCAUAAGUAUGACAAAUCUGGCGACGGCAUCCUAUCAGAAGAGGAGAUGCUGGGGAUUUUGGAGGCUCUGUCGGUUCCAAAGACCGAGGUGCAAGCGCUGUUUCAGCAAGCAGACACCAAUCGGGACGGCAAAAUCCAAGUACAGGAGUUUAUAUCUUGGCUCAUGACGGAGCCUGCGACACCCAAGGGCAACUUCGGGUGA